AUGUCCGAAAGAGCUCAGCUAAGGCAACAGCUUCUUGCCAGUGACUCCAAUGUCGACACAUUGAGCGGCUUUGCCGCCUCUGGAAGAAUGCAAAUUCCCAACUCAAACCUUCCACCGCAGCAUCCGGUCCCGGGGACGUACCGCCCGGGAAAUAACUAUUCCAAUCAUGAUUUGAUCGCCCCUAUAGACACGGGCGCAAUCCCAUCGUCAUCGAGAAAGGCGUCAAUGACCUCUUCAGCGUCGGGCAUGCAGAAGUUUUUUCGUCGCCGAGACAAUGGUGCCGCUUUUGACGACGAUCUUGGCGCUGAUAUUGGCGAUGUCUCGGGAGGGGAGAUAUCCUUCUCAGAUAUUACGCAUUUGCGGGACACUGGCGGCCGCUACAAUGUCACCCAUUCCAUGAUGCUGGACUCUUCUGCGCCUAUUAUCCCUGUCUUAGGGCCGGGCCACAUGCCGGGAUCAGCAAAGAACAUGAGCAACAUCCAGUACAGAAAGCAAAUGAACCAUCUUAAGAAAAUGAAUUUGGCAAGUAGCGCACGCGCCAUGUCACUUGCAGGUGGUCCCAUGAAUGGAAACCCGGCAGCUGACCCGCGUUCCAUGUCUUUCAGUAAUGCUAGCUAUGCCGCGCCCGUGCCUAAUGGCCGAGCAAUGUCUCUCGGCCCCACGAGUGGUGGACCACGAACUAUGUCAUUGAAUUCAAAUGUCAUGAACAGACAUCAAGGUCCGAUGAAUGGGCCUAGGCUCCCAAUGAAUGGCUCGAGACCCCCAAUGAAUGGACCCAUGGUGCCACAAAUGGGCCCACGUGGAGCAUACCCAGGAAGACCUGGAAAUCAAGUACCUGGAAGCCCCAACAUGGGUCCAGGUGGCCCUAGGGCAAUGUCCUUGCGUUCUGGAAAUGUGCCGCCUCAAAUGAGAGGCAUGCAACCUUCCGCCAGGUUGAAUUCGCUUAACGGCCCUCCUCCAGCAGGUCCAAGAUCACAGUCUUUCACUCAAUCAGCUUCUUCACCCAAUUUCAACCAAAGGCCUUAUAAUCCGAACAUGUAUUCCCAACAGUACGGACCACAAUACCAAGGCUCGCAACCGUAUAUUGGACACCCUAUGUAUGGUAAUCAGGGUUAUGUCAAUCCUCCAUACGGAUCAGGCCCAAGGAACAUUCAGUCAGAUCAAACCAGGGGAAUGAUGAAUCCAGAUAGCACAAUGUCGUCAGACUCACUCAUGAAUGUAGUGGAGGAAGAGGCAGAACCUGAAAGGAGCCACUUGGAUCCAGGUUCUAAAACAGAUUCCUUCAACUUUCAAUCUACUAGGGACAAUGAGAUCUCUGAAGAGGACCAUGUCUACAGGUUUGAAGAUGAUGCUGCAGGACAGCAGCUCUCUAGAAAGUCUACCAUUAAAAAAGCAGACUCUAUGCGUGUUCGCCGUUUGGAUCUUUUCAAUAAGGGUUCUGAUACCGCUGCCUCGGCAAAUGAAGACGCAGAACAGAACGAAGAAGAACGAUCCUUCAAUGUUAACGCAUCUGGCGAUCGCACUUCAAAGAAACUGUUCUUUCAAUUGGAUGAUGCGGAAACAAAUGAACAUCAACUUGACCUGGCUAACAAACUCAAGUCCUUGGGUGCUUCCGCUGCAGGCGAUGAUGAUAUCUUUUUCACCACUCCAGAGUUUGAAUCUCCAACUAAAAAGGAAAUGAAUGAUAUCAACAAAACACAGCCAGAACGGCUGAGUGUUCCUCAGAAAGUUAAGCCAAACACGAAAGAGGCACAAAUCAAGUUGCAUCGCUUGGCAGAAAAUACUGUUUUCAGCAAAUUCAGAAACACUUCUCAAGAAGUCGCUGCGGAUGUCUCCAGUAAUGGACAGCCACUGCUUGAUAGAAGUGAGACCGACAGUCAGAGUUCCGUAUACUCUGCAGAAACACCAAAGCUUUCUGAUAGCUUGAAUGCACUGGUCUCACCUUCGUCCUAUCUUCCAUCCAUCAACGACGCAAAAGUUACUUCACCUCAAGUAUUUGAAGCCCCCAAAUCAGACCCACAAAGCUUGCCGUCGCCUGAAUACGCCGAAGAUGAUGGAAAAUAUGACUCAAGCGUCGCUUCUUCUUCCCCAGGCUCUACCCAAGAAAAACAAAAUCAUGUACCGGAAUUGCGGUCGAAUACAACCGAGAAGGGAACCCCUGUGGAUGAUGAAUUGGAGACUGAUGUUAACCUUAACGAAGGUCCUAAGAGAAAUCUGUCGCAGCAAAGUACGGACACCGUAAACCUGAUUCUUCAGAGACGCACAUCAACAUUGUCGAGAUCUGGAUCAGAGUUGAAGUUACAAGGAUUGCUUCCAGCUGGAGGACUUAUCACCGUGCAGCAACCAAAUACCAACACAGGGUCUGAAACACCGGAACCGAUCAAGUCUGAAUUGUCCCGCUCAAAAGGAUCCCUGCUUUCAAGCAAGUCCAAAAAAUUCAUCAAAAGACUCUCUAGAUCUACUUCAAAGAGAAACAUCUCUGAUGACUUAGAUGACGAGACGCAUUCUGCAAUGUCCAGACUGAGAGUCGCAUCAAGCGUCUCCAUUCAUGAACCUGCAAAAAAGCCUUUGACCUUUACCAAAGAGGAGCUUGCCAUCAUGACAUGCAAUAACGAUUUACAAAACGAUUUACAACUUGUAACCAGCGAAUUGGCUCUUUCAAUAAAACGAGAGUUGGCAUUAGAAUCUCGGUUAAAGUCUAAGCCAAAUGCGUAUGAUGGGGAUGAGAGUGUUCUUCAGCACCAGAUUUUGGAAAAAUCCAAGGUUAUCGCUGACCUUCAAGACAAAUUGAAUAACGAGAGAAGGUUAAGGUUUAUCAGUGAAGAACACGCCAUUUUGUCCGAAAACGGUCAAACCCCAAGCGCAUUGAAGCUCGACUAUGAGAAGAAUGAGCUCUACAAGCAACUCCUCGCAAAAAGUGACAUGGUCAAUCAGCUUCAAGACAAACUCGAUGAGUAUGAAACUUCAACUAAGAAAAAGUACGAUGAUGAUUUGUUACAAAAGUAUAAUGAACUUCUCAAUGAGAAUACCCAUUUGAGACAGCAGUUGGAAAACGUUCAAAACACGAGUUCUUCUGUUGAUAAAGGAGAUUUGACACUGAUAGAGAAUCACGAGUAUGAACAGGCGCAGAUCAUUUCCUUACGCACUCAAAGGGAUGAACUCAGAGAAAUGAUCACUAAGUUGACUUCCUCUCAAUCGGCGGAGCUUACUGCAGCGCAUGAUCGAAUUCACGUCUUGGAGGAGAAACUUAAAAAAGUGAACAUGAUCAACGAUAAAUUGAGUAAACGCGGCGACAGACCUGAAAAUCCAAGUGUGUUGGGUUACGGAUCUGGUGGUAAACUUCAAGGGUUCGAUGUGGUUUCACUUAGAAAGAGUGUUCUUGACAAUUAG